CGGUCUUUGGGGAGCUACGUGAUGCGUUUCCUCUGUCGGAUGCUGCUAGGCAACCUUCGAAAACGAGUUUACUAAACUCGAAAAUGAGGAGCUGCGUGAGCAGCGCGCGACGUGCACGCUUAUUUACUCCCCGAAAUUUGUGUGAAUCAAACAAAACAUUCACACAGAUCCGGACAGCAGCCAGCAGCCGCAGCGCCACAUCACCGAUUCAUUAGAACCCGGCACGGCAAGGUCGCCUCCUAUACCUACCUAUCUUUGCAACAUUGUUCUGAGGAUCAGUCGAUUGGCGUUAACGAGUUGGGACGGACUUGGGUGUCGGAACUCCGCAGAACUCGCCGCAUAGUGAAUACGAACCUGUACGGAUAAUAGGGAAUUGGCGGUCGCGAGUGCUCUUGACUUGAAGGAUAACAAUGUCGUUAAAGUUUACCGAGAAAAAAGUUCCUUACAUCGAUCUAGGCGAUGGAUAUCGGGUUUGUCUUCAGGAUGACGGUUGUGCGCAUGGUGCGGAGUUCGAGCGGGAAGCGCGACAAAGCAUAAACGAAACGCCGGAAAAUAUGAAACGCGGACUGGAGGAAAUGCGACGGUUAAUUGCAACGGAUCGACAGCUUUACAUAUCUGAUGAUGCAGAUUGGUACUUGAACGUUUAUCUACGGGCUGCCAAAUAUGAUGCUCGGGAAGCUUUCAAUACAUUGCAAACCAAUUCGAAACUGAAGUUGAAAAACCCGGAAUAUUUUGUCAGCUCUGCCUCCGUUAGGCAUGUUUUCGAGGAAGGCCUCGUUUGGGUUUUACCAGAGCGGAAUCACGAUGGAUCAGUCAUCGUUGUGAUUGAGUCUGGAAAGCGCUGGAAUCCCUCCAAGGUGUCGGUCGUGCAACUGAACGCCGCCGUCAACGCGGUCAUCGCCGUGCUCACUACCAGCGAGGAAGCCCAACUGCACGGGUGCAUUCUGCUGUUCGACGUGGACGGUCUCUCGAUGUCCCACAUAAUGCAAUUUACGCCCAAAUCGACCGGCAUCAUGUUGACGUUGAUCGAAAAAUGCUCCCCCAUCCGAGUGCUCACGACUCAGACCAUCAACACCGGUGCGAUCUACAGCUUCCUAUUUGCCAUCAUCAAACCUCUUCAGACGAAACGAAUGCGCGAAAUGACGGUGCUCCACGGCCGCAAUUUGGCCCCCCUCGGCAAGUACAUUAGCCCGGAGAUUUUACCGCCGCGGUUUGGCGGCACCUCGAAAGCACCUCUCUGCGACGGAAGACUAUUUGCCGAGCUAAUGAUGCAGUACGAUAGCUGGAUAGAGAAGUCUUUGCUUCCGUUCGGAUACACGCGAAAGAACAGCAUCAGCUCCUAAUCGGGUUCCAGUGAUCUAUAGGUUCAUCUAGCUAAUAAGUUUUACAUCGAUAAGUACAAGUCAAUAAAUUUGUUGAAGGUUCAAA